AAUAGGACGUUUUAAAAAAUAUUAUCGAAUGACAAAUUGCGGCUCCUCACGUUGUUGAGUUUUUAGGAGCCAAACAAAUAACUAUGGCGGACAGUGCAAGUGAAUUGGAGAGCGAUACAAGCUCAAUAGAUGGUGGCCCCACUCUUAAACCACCAUCACCAGCUGCUGUUGAGCAGCUUCAGAAGAGGAUUGAGUCACUUCAGCAAGAAAAUAGGGUUUUGAAGAUGGAACUUGAAACUUACAAGUUAAAAUGCAAGACCUUACAAGAAGAGAAAAAAGAACUUCAGAAAGCCAGUGUGAAUAUUCAAGCCAGGGCUGAACAAGAGGAGGAAUUUAUUAGUAACACCUUACUGAAGAAAAUCCAGGCACUGAAGAAGGAGAAAGAGGCACUGGCCAUGAAUUAUGAACAAGAGGAAGAAUUUCUAACGAAUGACCUCUCAAGAAAACUACACCAGUUGAGACAGGAGAAAGUAGAACUAGAACAAACUCUGGAGAAAGAACAGGAAUACCAGGUGAACAAACUGAUGAGGAAAAUCGAGAAGCUGGAACGGGAGACGCUGUCUAAACAGAGCAACCUAGAACAGCUGAGAAGAGAGAAGGUGGAAUUGGAGAAUGCUCUUGAACAAGAACAGGAAUCUUUGGUGAAUCGCCUCUGGAAACGAAUGGAUAAACUGGAGACAGAGAAAAGGUUGUUACAAGAGAAGCUGGACCAGCCUGUGACAGGACCCCCCUCCCCACGGGAUAUCAACAACGGGGACACAGCUCAAAACAUCACUGACCACAUCGCUAAACUUCGCAAGGAAGUUGUUAGUCUGAAGUCUAACCUCAGAGCAGCCCAGAUUGAACAUGAAGAAAAAAUGGCACAGUAUGCACAGGAGGAAAAACACAUCAGGGAAGAAAAUUUACGAUUACAGAGAAAGUUACAGCUUGAGAUGGAAAGGAGAGAGAACCUGUGUCGGCACUUGUCUGAAAGUGAAUCCAGUCUAGAGAUGGAUGAUGAAAGGCAUUUUAAUGAGAUGGCUAAACAUCAAGACUCCAGUCAUGGUGCCAGACCUCGCACAGUUUCCAGUCCCAUUCCUUACGCUUCCCAAGACACAACACGCCCCCUGUCCCCAGGAAUGAAUUAUCCGGCAUUCAGCCCUCCCAGCCCCAUGAGGAGAAGUCUGGGAGGAGGGACGUCACCUUUCCAUCCCCCCUCUCACCUGCCCGGGACCUCACCCCCAGUUCAUGGUCACGUAGCAAUGCAAACUAGCUCCAACCAUCCCCACGGACAUAAACAUAGGCCAAGCUCUGAAAAGUUUGCCAGACCAAGUAGCUUUCCAGAUCGCAGUGAUAAGACAUGAAGACUGUAGCACAUGAUGAUGACGUCGUUUGCCACACAGUGCUCGGAAGAAAGCACAACAAGGCCACAGAUCCCACCAAACUCCGGGGGAAUUUUUCAAGCAUCACCCUGACAGAGAUUUGUCAGGGACUUUGAUUUGUUUUAUUUGAAUGGUGCAUUCUUGUUAUUGCCAUCGAUAUUUCAGCUUGUUAGUUGUUAUGAGAGCAUUUUGGAUCAUUCCAUUUGUUGAGAGGGGGAUUAUCUAAUGUCUUGUAUUCACACGGAGCUUAUAAUACUGCAAUGAAGGUAUCUAGUCUUUUUAUCACUCAUGUGGGGCAGAAUCCAGCUACCUUGAGUAUAUAAUGUAUUCUUCAGUUUCCCUUUUUAUUAGUGAAUUUUUUUUUGUCAUUUACGUCACUGUAUUUUUUUUUAAUUAAAAAAAACGAAAGUGCUUAGUAGCAUACAUUGUGAUGUUCUUGUAUAUGCAUAGUCAUAGAUCCUUUGUAAUUAAUGAUCGAUUAUGAAAGAAAAAUCAUUAAUGAAUAAUUGAUAAAUUGUAUGCAGAUAAAUAAUUUUAAUCUGAAUUUUAGUCCAGUUGGUCAAUUUUCUUUCAUUUCAAGUAUCUAUGAUAUCAAUAUUAAUUUAUUCAACACAAUUGUCUGUAUAUGUUCAGUGACAUUAUUUUAAACAAAUAGUCAAUUUGAAACAAUUCUGGUUGGAAUAGGAAUAAAAGGAAGUCAUUUCCCUGUGAAUGUUACCAUCAAACAUAACAAAGGGGUUAAAAUGAAGUCUAAGAAAACAAUUUGCAAAAAAAAAAAAAAAAAAUUACUGCCUGGCCCUACUGAUUAUAACACAAUUUUCCAAAGCAGAUGUGAAAUUGGUAUAAGCAAUAACAUACAUAUGAAACAUACUAAUGAUUUACAUGCACUUUACAUGACAAAAUGUAUUGUGGGCCAUUUCUUCUGCUUUGUCUUAAAAGAAAAUAUAUUUCAAGCUUUUUUUCUGUUCACUUAUGGGUUAUAACAAGUAAUGAAUGUUAGAUGUACUGAGGGAAAAAAAAUGGAAAAUUUUGUUUCAGAAAUUUGUGUGUUAUGUAAAUGUUGAUGAUUUAGAGAACCAAGAGGUAUUAAUAGUUAGAAUAUGUAAAUAGCUGGAAUAUAACUAGGACUGUAACAUGUUAUACUACUUGGCAGCUUUUUGUCUCUUUUAUUAUGUAGUUUUUCCCCUCAAAAGUAGGUGUUGCUUUUCUGUUGUAAGGGGCAUUAACAACUUGAGUAUUUUUUCUUAUUAUUUACCCCAGAAUAUUGGAUGUGCGUACCACAAGUACUAAGAAAUUGUAUCUCCAAGAACACUUUUUUUUUUUUUACCAAAGUAGAAAUUGGAUUUAAGCCAAUUGUCUCCUUUCCCAGAAGAUUUCAACAAUAAAGUAAAGAGAUACUUUAUUAAGUUGAAAACAUUGCUAGUUUUUGUCCAUUGCUUUUACUAAUCUGUCCUGAUUUUCAUAACAUUUUAUAAUUGUGAUUUCACAAGGGAAAAAAGGCUCAGCAGUACUGUUGUAUUUUUUAAAUACAUUUUCUAGAAAUAAGCUAACUCAAUGAAAAUAAAUAUUACUGGUAUUGUUAAAUUGGUGUUGAACCAUUUUGCACAAAAUGUACUUAAUACAGAAAUAGUACAGUAUAUCAUCAGAAUUUGUAAGCUUUUUAUACAGGUCUUUGCUGCUUUUAGUUAUGCACUGUAGGUUGACAAGGGCAGAUAAUUUUAAAUGGACUUCCUGUACAUGUAUAUACAAAACCAUAUCAUGGUGUGUAAUUAAUUUUAUUAAGGUUUUAGUAUUUUAUUUUUGUAAUUAUUUGCAAAUUACAUGUAGUAUUGAUUAGUGAAUUCCUUAUUAAAGAUACUCAAGACACAAGAUUAUUACAUUCAAAUAUCAGAGAGGUUGACCUUGUAUUUAUCAGUACAUUUUUGAAUGAAAUGGAACUUUUGUCAGAAACAACAGCCAUCAACUUCGUUUUGGAUGCCAUCUUGAAAAAAAUUAUACAAUAGUGAUAAUGCUUUAAAAGUUGAAUGUCAUAUGAAGUCUGUUCUUUAAAACUUUUCAUUGAUACAUUUAUUCUUUCAUUUGUCCAAAGGAGUCAAUUACUUUUUUUUCUAUAAAUACACAUUUUAGAAAUGUCUUUGUUUUUUCAAUUCAAAUAUACAAAAUAGAUUUAAAAGUAUUACAGGUCUGAAAACUCUAGAUAACUAUUUAUCUUAUUGAUUUCAUGCUCAUUAUCUUCAUUAUUUUGAUCAGCACAUUGCUGUGUAGAAUAUACUUGCAUUGAACUUUGCUGAACACUGCAGCUUAAUUGCCAGGAAAGAAAAAUACACCAAUCCUUGCUUCUUCCAUUUAAAAGUACCGUUUCAUGUUUUUAUAUCUGACAUUCAUUGUUUAUAUUUUGUCAGAGAUUUUGUGGAAUGUAACGUUCUCUGAUACAAGUAAGGUUUAUAGUGCAUGAAAUUGGAAUGUUUUAAGAAAAAAAAAUCUCCUAGUCAUAAGAACAGGUACAUCAUUAUAGCGUGAUCAGCGUAUCAUAUCAUAUAAUAUGGUGCUGGAGGUGCCAGAAGGGAAAAAAUAUUUGUUUUUAGUAUGGUUCAUCUGUUUGUUGUUAAUUGUAACACAGGAUUAUGUGCUUUUAUUUUAUUUCCAGUAUUGGACAUAAUUUUUGCAAAAUGUGAUACAAGUUAAUUGUUAGCAUGAAUGCAUUUACAUGUGAUAUGCUGCUUUGUGUGUAAACAUGGGAAUAAAUGUCUUCAGCUGUAUCUAUUAA